CCAGGUACCUCGUAGAGAUGAAAGAGGAGCAGCUGGACACUCCGAGUAGGAGAAGGACGGAGACCUCUCGGCAGCCCUGGCCUUUCCUGACCGUCCCCUUCUUACCCCUACUCUUCCGCUCGCCGCUAACCCUAACUCUAGCGUUGGUGGCGGAUUUAUCUCUCGUUUCCCCUCCGGAUCGGAGAAUGGGGAUGGCUUCCCAGGACGCGAUCAAGCAGCUCGCCGCGCUCAUGGACCAACUGGACGAGCCGUUGAAGAUCACAUUUCAGAAUGUGCACCAGGGAUAUACAAAUGAAACCUUGGUACGCUUUCUCAAGGCGAGAGAGGGGAAUGUCAAUAAAGCUCAUAAAAUGCUGGUGGAUUGUUUGAAUUGGAGGAUUCAAAAUGAGAUUGACAACAUUUUGUUUAAACCUAUAACUCCAACAGAGUUGUAUAGAGCAGUACGUGAUUCACAGCUCAUAGGAUUGUCUGGAUACUCAAAGGAGGGCCAGCCAGUCUUUGCAAUCGGUGUUGGACUCAGCACACUUGAUAAAGCAUCUGUCCACUACUAUGUGCAGUCACACAUUCAAAUUAACGAGUACCGGGAUCGUGUAGUUUUGCCUGCUGCAACAAAGAAGUAUGGGGGGCAUAUUGGCACAUGCCUGAAAGUCUUGGAUAUGACUGGCCUCAAGCUUUCGGCAUUGAGCCAAAUAAAGUUAUUAACCAUCAUAUCUACUAUUGAUGACCUAAACUAUCCAGAGAAGACAGAGACGUACUAUAUAGUCAAUGCUCCAUGUAUAUUUUCGGCAUGUUGGAAGGUUGUGAAGCCUCUUUUGCAAGAAAGGACAAGAAGGAAAGUGCGAGUACUGCACGGUUGCGGCAGAGAUGAGCUAUUGAAGGUAAUGGACUAUGCGUCCCUUCCCCAUUUCUGUAGAAGAGAAGGAUCUGGUUCAUCUCGGUAUUCUUCUGCUGAGGCUGAUGACUGCUUCUCCUUGGACCAUCCGUUUCACCAACAGCUUUACAACUACAUCAAGCAGCGAGCCCUAAACCAGGAAUUCAUUGUUCCCAUCAAACAGGGGUCCUUCCAUGUAGACGUGCCUGAACCAGACUCUGAGGGAACAAAGAUUGUUAAAACUUUAGAGUCUGAGCUCCACAAAUUCGGUGACCGAAAUGGACUUGCUCACUCAAUGAAGGACCUUAAAAUUGACGGUGCAUGAAAGUGUGCACCAGCUGGGGACGAUAUUUAAAAGUUAAAACUGCACUUUGCCCUUGCGAACGCCUUAACGAGUUGCAGAGGAUUGUGCGGUAGACCAGUACGUGCUCUUCUAAUAUUUUGGCUCCAGUAACGACUGGUGAUAUACCUGUAGUCGAUGCACUCUCUCGGUGCAAGAUUUAUAUCAGGGCUGAAGACAGCGAUGAAGGUCUCUAAGUAUAAUAGAAACGUUAAAGUCAUAGUGCAACUUAAUCGGAAGAUAUACGAAAAUUUUCACUACGUACUUAAUUCUGUAAGUUAAAUAUUACUGGAAGCAUCGGGUGUUUUGCAUGUGGAAGUAUAUGCUCUUUGCAGGGGCUGCUCUAAUUUUAAGGGCAUAAUGAAAUAAAAUUUUCUGAUAA